CGUUUUCUUGCAGGCUGUGAAACAAUUCAUUGAUCUCUGCAAUGGGUCCACUUCGAGCUGUAAACGUAAUAUUUCCCAAACUACCGCAGUAAAAUUUUUAUAUGCCCGUAAAUUUGAUAUACUCAGAGCUGUUUCACUUUACGAACAACACGAGCAGAUUCGGCUAAGAGAAGGCCUUUAUAACAUGAAUAUCGACGUAGAGCCUCUCUACUCGGAGCUACAGACUGGAAAGUUCACAAUAUUGCCUUCACGUGAUACCACAGGUGCUGCUAUCGCUCUUUUCACCGCCAACAAGCACAGCCCACUAAGUGUUACACAUACCAUAACGUUGCAGGGCAUUGUAUACCAACUCGAUUGCGCUCUGCAAGACCCGGAAACUCAAAAGGCCGGUCUCAUCUUUAUAUACGAUAUGAGUGGGUCCAAGUACUCGAAUUUUGACUAUGACUUGUCACAGAAGAUAUUAACAUUGCUCAAGGGUGGCUAUCCGGCGCGUUUGAAGAAAGUAUUAAUUGUGACGGCGCCUUUAUGGUUCAAGGCUCCGUUCAAGAUUUUGCGGCUGUUUGUGCGAGAGAAAUUGCGUGAACGUGUCUUCACAGUGUCUGUGCCGACGUUGCGCCUUCACGUGCCACUGAAAGCGUUGCCCCUGCAUCUUGGCGGAGCAUUGGAAAUCGAUCACGCCACAUGGUUGCUACAGUGCCGCAAAUCGAUGACGAAUCGUGAAGACGAACUGCUCGCCAACAUUGAGCAAGCGGCUUUCAAUCGAAGCAACAGCAUCAACACAACUAAUAUCAGCAACAUUGUGAACAAUUCAGUAUCGAUUAGUGCUGAAAAUAGCAACAACACCCACGUCAAUAGCAACAUAAAUACGACGGUAGCCACGUUAACGAACGACGAUUACAGCCGACGGUUGCUGGUUGGCGAAGAACCUAACGAGAACAUUACAUUGAAGCAGAGUAACUGUAAUUCGACGUCACCGUUGCCCGCUUGCAAACAAAUCGACGCAGAGUCACUGGCGACAGCAGCGGCGACGGGGCCAACAGUUGGCGUUCCUGUGCUGAAUUCAUUAGACGCAAGUGGAACCCAAGGAAACGCGGCUUUAGUGAAUGGUGCAAUCGUUUCGUCCGCAGUCACCAGCAACGGCAGUUCAAACGGCUCAUCCGGCUUAAGUGAGUCGUGGUCGGAGAACCCGCCAAGUAGUGCUUCGUCUGGGUUUAGUGAUGACGACAGCCUGGCUGGACAGGAAGGAGACCCAAAAACAAUUGAACAAAUUGUUCAAAUGGUGAAGGAGCAAGGCCGAAAAGGCUUGGUAAAGGAGUAUGCAGAUAUACGGAAUCGAGCGCCCGAAGGGACUUUCGUACAUGCAAGAAUGCGAAAUAACUUGACUAAAAAUCGUUACACAGAUGUACUAUGUUACGAUCAUAGUCGGGUGGUGCUAUCCAGGGACGACGGUGAGGACUAUAUAAACGCCAAUUUCGUCGAUGGAUAUAAACAAAAGAAUGCAUACAUUUCUACGCAAGGACCAUUACCAAAAACAUCCCAAGAUUUUUGGCGUAUGAUAUGGGAGCAACAUUGUGUGGUUAUUGUGAUGACAACGCGAGUUAUGGAGCGUGGGCGCGUCAAAUGUGGUCAAUACUGGGAACCGACUGAGAAUAGUUCCUUAGAAUUUGGGAGCUUCCAUGUGCGAACACUUAAUAUAGAAAUAAAUGAAGAUUAUACCGUAGCAUCAUUAGAAUUGAAAAACCUUAAGACUGACGAAAUUAGAAACGUUUCACAUUGGCAAUUUACAAGUUGGCCCGAUUAUGGCGUGCCCAGUUCUGCGAUGGCCAUGCUAAAUUUUCUUCAAAAGGUGCGAGAAAAACAAUCGACUAUGGUGAAAGCGUUGGGCGACACUUGGGCCGGGCACCCACGAGGACCGCCAAUUGUGGUGCACUGCAGCGCGGGUAUAGGUCGAACAGGUACUUUUAUUACAUUGGAUAUAUGCAUAUCGCGUUUAGAAGAUGUUGGUACUGCCGACAUUCGUGGGACUGUGGAAAAAAUUCGUUCACAGCGUGCCUACUCUAUACAAAUGCCUGAUCAGUAUGUGUUUUGCCACUUGGCGCUUAUUGAGUAUGCAGUGUCGCGUGACAUGUUAAAAUCUGUGGAUUUAACGGGGUUCGAUGAACGAGACGAAGAUUCGGAUUAGAAUCUACCUGGGUAAUAAAGCGGUCACAGCACGGAAAUCUGUCCUUCAAGAGGAAUGUUUUGAAUGCGCUCUUCGUUCUGAAUGGCGGUGAUGUGUUGUAUGAAAUAAUUAUGAUGUAGCUGAUGUCGAAGAUAAAAGCCCAAAGGAAACAGGAAACAGAAAUGGAAAUCGAAACUGAUGCGAACGCCGAAGCCGAAGCUUUCUAAGAAAUGUAGCGCUACUAAUUUAAUGUAAAAGUAUUCACAUUACUAGAUGUUUUGUUGUUUCAUUUCGUUUUAUUACUAUUAGAGAAGUGAAAUCUUUAAUGUGUAUGUAUGCUUAUAAUAUGUUUGUUUAAAUUAUAAAUUUAGUUUCACUGAAACAUACGAUAAUUAGUGUUUAUAUUUAAUAAUGGAUAUAAUAUAUAAAUUAAACAAUAGUUAAAUGUGGCGAGGUUACACGGAAAUAGAUCAAGAUUUGCAUAGAUGUACAAAAUAAUUUUAAAUAAAUCAAAAAAUCUGUAAAACCGUACAUCUAACACUCUCUUUUUUUAUAGCCCUUUUCCAUAACCGGCCUGAUUGUAGUAAAGUCCAAAAUAGUCGAAGAAGUUUGAUUACAGUUCUCGUCAACAUUUACAACGCCGACGGGUGUAAAAGAUGCGGUUUAAAAACAGUUGCCGAAAUCAAUUCAAUAAUUUUAGAAAAAAUAGUGGAGUGUAAGUUCUUUUAAAAUUAAUUUGUUAAUUUAAUUUGAGCAAUCAGUAUGGACGAAACGGAAACAUUUGUUAUUUUAACUAAAUAUUGCACUGUGAGUACAUAAAAACAGUUUGGUGAUGUUGCAAAGUACAACGAAAUUGAAAAAAAUAAAUAAAUAAUAAAAACAACAACAACAAUAAUUGAAGCAGGGAAAGAAUCGGAGAUGGCUGCAGUUAAACGAAAAUUUGAGCUGCUCGUUGAAUAACUUGAAAAGAUAAAUAUCCAAAUCCAAUGAUAAUAAACCUGUGCCAUGUUCACAUGUAAAGGCGAACCGUCCUCCAGAGCCAGAAAAAUACCAGGAAUACUAGUUUUCCUACGAUCAGAUACUUCAGUCUAAAAAA